GUAAUAUAAAAAAAUAAUAAAAUAAAAUAAUAUCAAAAUUAAAAAUAAAAAAAAACAAUUUUCUCUAUUAAAUAAUGUUAGUAUUACAAAAUAUUGUUCAAGCGUUGGAUAUAAUUUAUAAUCCAUCGGUUACAAAUGAAGCAAGGAUCAAAGCCCAAGAGUAUUGCGAUUCAAUUAAGGAUCAUUUAAGUUCACCAAUUUAUGGAAGAUAUUUGGCACAUAUAGAGAAUAAUCAGUCGCUAAUAUUACGUCAUUUUGGAUUGCAUUUAUUAGAAAAUGCAAUUAAAUUCAAAUGGAAUGAUAGAAUUUACAACAAUGAUGAUAAGCAACAAAUUAAACAAGCUAUUAUUGAAUUGGUUGAAAGGGGAACUCUAGAUAUAUUGACAGAACAAUCAUUUAUUAAAGAAAAAGUUGCAAAAUUAUUUGCCGAAAUAGCAAAGAAAGAGUGGCCAUCAAGAUGGAAUGACAUGGACAAAUUAUUACACAGACUUUAUAGCGAAAGUCCAACUAGACAAGAAAUUGUGUUAUUUAUAUGUCGUUAUUUAGCGGAAGAAAUGGAAGUACGAGACUCAUUACAAUGUGUAUUCGUAAGUUCAAAUAUAUUAAGAAUUCAAUAUCCUGAUGGAUUGAAAAAGGAAAAUAGACGAGAAGAUUCAGGAAAUGUCAUUAUUAUGUCUGGAGAUGAUCCGAAUAAUGAGGGCUGGUUAAUCCGGUGGACAAGAAGUUUAGAACAAAUCGUUGGUGAAUGGCAAAAUCAAAAACAAUUGAUAAAUCCAAAUCCACAAUUAAUUUUAAUACAAGAAAAAUUAGCUAUCGCUAUUUUAAAUACUUUAGCUGCUACUUUGGAUUGGAUUCUUACAAAAUCAAUAGUGGAAUCAAAUACUGUGUUUAUUCUAUGUAACUGUUUAUUAAUCGAUUGCCAUGGAAUAAGGAUGGAGGCAAUCGAAUGUCUUGCGAAAAUUUUUUUACGAAAUUUUCAGACAGCAGAAGAUCGUGCGAUUGUUUUUCAACCAUUAUUUGAAGGAGAAUGUAUGGAUUUAUUAUAUAAUGCAUAUAUUAAAAUACAACCCGUUGGAAAAGAAGUAGAAGUAUUAUUGGAGAAUGAUGAAUACACAUUUUUGAAAGGAUUUGCCGAAGCUAUAACAGCUUUGGGAGUAAGACACAUUUGUUUUAAGAAUAUUUCAGUGAUGCCGAAACAAUUUCCAAAAUAUUUAGAAUUAAUUUAUAUAAUUUCGAAACAUCCAUCAAACGUGAUAACAUCUAUAUCAUUAGAAUUUUGGCAAGCUGCAAUGAAAAAUAAUUUUAUCUCAAGGAUAAUAAAAGAACAAGAAAGCGUAUUAAUAAUGUUGCUGGAAUUAUUGGCAGAAAGGCUUUCAAUUUUAUUCCGACCUUCAGAGUUUACUGAAACUCCCACAUCGUUUUAUAUGGAUCUUGAUUUUGAUUCAGAUAAUGACUGCCGAAUAUUUGGUCAAGCAUUACGUUCAACAAAAAUUAUUGAAAUUAUAAAAAGUUUAUCAGUUUUAAGACCUAUUGAAGUUUUUAGAUGGAUAGUUAAUAGAAUACAAAUUACAUUCAACGUGAGGCCUAAUGUCGAAAGUUUAGAUAUUAACGGAGUUGUUAAACUUGAUUCUGGAUUUUAUAUUAAAUUUGAUGCUGAAAUGAUUUUAAUGGAAUCGAUUGUUAUUGGAUUAGGAAGAUUAAUUAAAAAUCUUGAUUAUAAUGAUAUUAAUAGUGAGGACAGAGAACAAAUUAUAAGUGGAAUGAAUAAUUUAUUACAAAUGUUGUUAGAAAUUAAUUAUGAAGAUGUGCUUAUGAUACAUAGAUAUCUAACAGCAUUAGAAGCAUUUGAGGGUAUUUUACAAAUUGAUUCAAGAUUACUUCUUCAAGUGUUACAAAAGAUAUUUACAUUUGUAACAUUUUGCCCACCAGGACAUAAUAUUUCGGCAAAUCCUUUAUUACCUCUUCCAAUAAAGAGAUUAAGAUUUGGAGCCGUUACUACCUUAAUUAAAUUUGGAGUUGCUAUGCCUGACAUUUUAAUUAAUAUAUAUUCCGAUAUCAAUAGUUACAUUAAUGAAAUAAUCGAUAAGGAUAAACAUCUUGUUACUGGAAGAGAAAAAAGUUGUUUGCUGGAAUUUUUGCUAUCGAUAGUGUAUUUUUCUAAUAUUUCGUUAGAACAAAAAAAGCCAUUGUUUGAUUCAAUAGUUAAUCCAGUUAUUAAUAAUUUCCAAAAAAAACCAGCUAUAAAAUCAAUUCAAGGAUUCUUGGACAACACUGGUUUUAGUUCUUUAGCUAAAAUGGUCAAUGAAACUAAACAAAAGGCAAAUGUAUAUAAUUUAGCAUUCGAAGAAGAGCGUAUUUCUAAAUCGAAAAGAACUAUAACUUGGUUUUUGACCACUAUUUUAAAUUGGUUGAAAAGAACUACAGAUUAUUCUUCCAAGGAAGGAAAUAAUACAAUAGUGACUGAAGCAUCAAAAUUAUGGCGGCAAUAUAUACCUUCCAUAUUAAAUAUAACACUUGAUCUUAUAAGAGUAUUACACCAAGUUUGGAAUAUUGAAACUUGGAGGGAAUUUCCCGUCGAAUUACAUUCUAUUAUAUCAUUUUCUAAUGAAGAUAAAGCUAAAAUUAUUGGGGUGCCACAAAAAUCUACAAUGAUAGAUUCACAACGUUCAUUUGAUGAGAUUAUUGAUUCACUUAGAAAAUGGCUUUCAAGUAUAAGAAUUGACUGCUAUUACGUACUUGGUCGAUUGCCACUUCUUGGUUCCAACUUUUACACAGCAUUGCCAAACGUAAAUGAACUAGUAGCCCAGUCACUAUUUGAAAACGUUGAAUGGAUUAAUAAUAUUCAUUGGAAAUAUUUACUAAAUAUAGUAAUGAAACCAUAUAUAUUAAAUUGCCCUACACCUUCAAUACUUUCAAGUUUUUUACCACAAUUAUUUAAGUAUAUGGACGAAAAAUUAUCAAAAGAAUGGAAUGAUUUAAUAAUAAAUGGUGUACAUAUUUCUACUUUAGAAGAAGCGAGUGCAUUUGAACAAAGUUCAUUAGAUAUAAACAGUAAUGAAUUUGAAGAAAUAUUUAACGAAAAGGUUUUAAGAGAUUUAACAAGGGCUUAUGUGGAUUUAUUAGAACCUAUCUUCGGAUCUGGUGCUAGUAAAAAUGACGAAUUAAAAGAAUAUAUGCUGGAUUAUAUGCCUAUAACGGAAUAUUUAUUAAGAAGUCUAUGCCAUUUAAUGACAUGUAAGGACUCUGUGUCAUGUAUACGGACAACUCAGCUAUGUGUAAGAAUAUUGCCAAGUUUAAUAAAACGAGAAGCACUAAGGGAAUUUGUCGGAAAAGAAUUAUUAUCUUCAGCUUUACAAGUAAGUUAUACGAGUAUUCAAUUAUCUGUUAUUUUCUUACAAAUACCUUCCAAAAAGCGGAUUAACUUGGUCAAUUUAGGCACUUCAUGAUGGUUAUCAUAUUAUAGAAAUUCGAAGUUGAUUUAAGCCGUGCGUCUGAACUUAAGAUAAGAAAAAAUAUUGUAAAAAAAUUUUUAGAAGGAAUAACUGGGGU